AUGUCGCAUUCCCUAAUCCUACCCUCAGGCUUCUAUACUGCAGAGAAGCUCGUGAAGCGGUUUGAUACGGCGCGAGUGGACAUAGUGGAAAGGCUCCCGUCUCCCUUCGGCUUGGUGCUCACGGGAGUUGCUCCAGACCACCCUGAAACCAAGAAUGUGAUCAACCAGUUAACCCGUGUGGCCCAAAAUCCCCGUUGCCAUUACUUCGGCAAUGUUCUGGUUGGCCCUGUGGCUUCCACAUCAGCACCACCAGCCUCCACGCCAGCAUCAGACCCGUCAUUAUCUUCAGCCUCACCAUCACCUGCAGCAGCUGUGACAUUGGAUGAGCUGCGUCAGAUGUACCAUGCUGUCGUCCUGGCAUAUGGAGCAGAGGGCGACCGCGACCUCAAUGUGCCUGGGGAGCACCUGAGAGGAGUCUUCUCCGCCAGGGAGUUUGUGUGGUGGUACAACGGCCAUCCCGACUACGCCAAUCUUCCAGUGGACCUCACCUCUACUGACACCGCCGUUGUCGUUGGCCAGGGCAACGUGGCUCUGGACGUGGCAAGAGUGCUGCUUCGACGGCCGUCCGAGCUUCAACCCACCGACAUUGCAGAGCAUGCACUGGAGGCACUGGCAAGGAGCCGAGUCAGAGCAUGCACUGGAGGCACUGGCAAGGAGCCGAGUCAGGUGAGCACCUAUUGA